UGCAGGAGUCAUGUCAGGGGACCUCUAGAGCCAAUCUGCUUGGGUGGAGGAGCAAUAAUUAUUCAUGGGCUCCUGCCUCUUGCUCCUUCUCUUGCACAGCCCCACUCUGCUGACUCAGUGCCUUAUUCAGUCUUCUCUCUCUCUCCACUGCUGUAGCUGGACCCCUUUGCCUUCACCACCUCUGAGAGGCUGCACAUCCCACCAUGGCUAAAACAGCAAUGGCUUACAAGGAAAAGAUGAAGGAGCUGUCCAUGCUCUCCCUGAUCUGCUCCUGUUUUUACCCGGAACCUCGCAACAUGAACAUCUAUAAAUAUGAUGACAUGGAAGUGAAACAGAUCAACAAACGUGCCUCAGGCCAGGCCUUUGAGCUGAUCUUAAAGCCGCCAUCUCCGGUCUCAGAAGCACCACGAACUUUAGCUUCUCCAAAGAAGAAAGAACUCUCUCUUGAGGAGAUCCAGAAGAAGCUGGAGGCUGCAGAGGAGAGGAGAAAGUCCCAGGAGGCCCAGGUGCUGAAACAUCUGGCAGAGAAGAGAGAACAUGAGAGAGAAGUGCUUCAAAAAGCUUUGGAGGAGAACAAUAACUUCAGCAAAAUGGCAGAGGAAAAGCUGAUACUGAAGAUGGAACAGAUCAAAGAAAACCGUGAAGCUAAUUUAGCUGCUCUUAUUGAACGUCUCCAAGAGAAGGAGAGGCAUGCUGCAGAGGUCCGUAGAAACAAGGAGCUCCAGGUGGAACUGUCUGGCUGAAAACACCGAUGGUGGAUGUGACCUAUUCCCACCAUUAGUAAACUCCCCCUGCCUAUAUUAUGGAUCAUGAGAUAUCAGUAUGGGAAAUGUAUGACAUGGUUUAAAAAAAAAAUAAAAUAAAAAUCAAGAACUCAACCACAACAACAACAAAAAAAAAAAAAGCAAACAGCAACUUUAAGAAAGAAACAAAAAUAAAAACCAACCCAGUGUGGUCUCUUUGCAGAAUGAUUUGCUUGAUGUUUAAAAAAAACAAAAAAACUUGGAUCUUAUUUUGUAAAUACUUACAUUUUUGUUAAAAAAUACAAGUAUUGCAUUAUGCAAGUUAUUUCAUAAUCUUACAUGUCCUGUAACAGGCUUCUGAUGUUGUCUACUUCCACUCGGUUGAAUUUGCUGGGUCUGUUCAUUCAAAGCACUUCACGUCUAACCCUGUCCCCCUGCGCCUCUUCAUUCGAACCCACGAGGUCAGUAGUAGUUCUAUGGUGCUAGAGACCAGUCAUUGCCUAAUAACCUAGACUGCUUUGCCAUCGAUGAGCUUUGUUGAAACAGUGACUAGAUCACAGGCAAUCAUGACUUCAUGUUCUGCUGUCCGAGACAAAAGGCUCUUAAGAUGUAGUGUCUUCAAACGCAACUCAGCGCUGCGGGAGUCUGUAGCCUGCUAUAAAAUCGAGGUUGAAUUGCCACAGGCAGCGCUUGUUACCUCUGCUUUUUGAGGUGAAGGCAACAAACCCACCUGUGCAACAGAACAACAGCAAAUGGGAUCUGUUUGAGGCAAAUUUAAGAGGCAUAUUGUAAACCAUCAAGCUAUGACAAAUUCUGGGCAAUGCCAAACAGCCACACAAAUGCUAAUUGUAAAGUCAGCUUCUUUCACCACUUGAAAAUUUAUCAAUGGAGCAACUAAUAGAUAGCAUCAAGUGGCUUUAUCUGUAGGUGCCAUGAUCUAUGAUGCUUAUCUGAUGCUACCAUACUACGUGUUUAAUAGUACAAGAGGCUAACAAAUAUUUCACCUGGAACCCAUGAGCCAGUUACUACCUUUUCUCUUCAUUUUUUUUACACUGCUGACUUCAUUCAUCAUGAACUUUACUCUUGAGUGUUAUCUAACCCUACCUAGUGACAGACAUCUAGGGCUGAGAGGGCUGAAGCAGGAGGAAUGACUAGACAGGGUGCUUGUGCCAAGUACAGUAUCACCAAACCUAACACAUCGUCCCCAAAAUAGCUGCAGUUUUGAAGUUGUCCCUGCCCCCCUGGAGGUUGCUGCCUGCAUAUUCUACUCUUCAUUAGUGCUAUUUUCCUGUAUGUCAUUGUGAGCAAGCUGUGAUUAAUAAAGAAUUGGGGUUCUGUGAACUGAAAAA